AUCUUCGUAUUCAAUUCUUGAGAGGAGAGAGAGAGAGAGAAGCAUCCCAGAAAACGACAUUCUGUUCAUAUGGAGUUUUUUCACCAGAUCGAGAGCACGAAGAAGAUGAUUACUGGGUUUUGAUUUAGUCGGCGAAAAAUCCGUAAUCUCAUUGUUCGUGAUCUCUGGGUUGUUUUUCUGGAUUGCUGGUGCGGCUGAUUCUAGUCAGGAUUGUUUUUGGGGUCCCUUUCGCUCUAUUUGAAUCUGCGUCUGGGUUGUUAAGAUUGUACAAGGGGUUUCGUGGUUAUUUAUGGAACCUCGUGUGGGGAACAAGUUUCGUCUCGGCCGAAAGAUCGGUAGUGGUUCGUUUGGAGAGAUCUAUCUCGGUACUAAUAUUCAUACGAAUGAAGAACUGGCUAUUAAGCUUGAAAAUGUGAAGACAAAACAUCCACAGCUGCUCUAUGAAUCGAAGUUAUACAGGAUUCUACAAGGGGGAACUGGUGUUCCAAAUGUCAAAUGGUUUGGUGUUGAAGGGGACUAUAAUGUUUUGGUGAUGGAUCUACUCGGACCAAGUCUUGAAGAUCUCUUCAAUUUUUGUAGCAGGAAACUUUCAUUGAAGUCUGUCCUCAUGCUUGCUGAUCAAAUGAUCAACCGUGUUGAGUUUUUUCAUUCAAAGUCUUUCCUUCACCGAGAUCUUAAGCCAGACAACUUCCUCAUGGGCCUUGGAAGGCGUGCGAACCAGGUAUACAUCAUUGACUUUGGUCUUGCUAAGAAGUAUAGGGAUAGUACAACACAUCAGCACAUUCCCUACAGGGAAAAUAAAAACCUGACAGGAACUGCGAGAUAUGCUAGUAUGAACACUCACUUGGGAAUUGAACAAAGUCGAAGGGAUGAUCUUGAGUCUCUUGGUUACAUCCUUAUGUAUUUCCUCAAAGGAAGUCUUCCAUGGCAAGGACUGAAAGCUGGAACCAAAAAGCAAAAGUAUGAAAGGAUUAGUGAAAAGAAAGUUUCUACAUCCAUUGAGGCUUUAUGUCGUGGUUACCCAUCCGAAUUUGCAUCCUAUUUCCACUACUGUCGGUCGCUUCGGUUUGAUGAUAAACCAGAUUACGCUUAUCUGAAAAGAAUAUUUCGAGAUCUCUUUAUCCGUGAAGGGUUUCAGUUUGAUUACGUGUUUGACUGGACAAUCUUGAAAUAUCAACAAUCACAACUAACCGCUCCCCCAUCUCGUGCCCUCAAUCCUGCUGUGGGAACUAGUGCCGCAUUGCCUCCGGGCAUUUCCAACAUCGAUAGAUACACAGGGGAGGAAGAAGGGCGACCACAUAUGGAAUCAUCUCGACGGAGAGUUUCAGGGGCUCUUGAUAACUCAGGGAAUAUUUCGAACCAACCGACAUCCUCAAGUGCUAGAGACUCCAUGAUCCCGAGCUCCUCGUUGUUUGCACAAUCAGCAGGAUCAUCGAGGAGAGUAACUGCAGUAAGUGGCAGCCGGGACAAUUUUCCAGGCAGCGAGGAGUUGUUGCAGAGAAGCCGUACAGGUGACGUCAGCCGCGGCGUGAUCCCGAGAAACUCUCCUGGGGAGGCUGGGAAAUCCACAAGAAGACACUACGAAUCAGUAGUUAAAGGCAUCGAUAAUCUUCAAGUCUCGGACGAACACCAUCCCCACUGAUACAUUAAUUUUACUCAGUGACCUUUUUAUUCCUUUUUCCGUUAUUACACUACGAAAAUUUGAAAAUACAAUUUGAUUGAUCCACCAUGAAAUUUGGUCUUCACUACAAUAUCUAUGAUUAUUGGGGCUCAAACGUAACAAUUAAAAAUAAAGAUGCACAAAUGCAAAAUUCUUCUUCUCCGAUCCGGUUCUGCAAUUUCACCGGAUCCGGUUCAGCUCAUUAGCUCAAUUCUUCACAGUCGUCGUCCAUGCUUUCUCACUUCUUACUGGAGGUCUAAUCUGAGGUGACGAUUCCCAGAAUUGUUGCAGAGAUCUGAUAAACUUGUUCGUCUUCACUGAUCGGAACUGGAGCUUGGAGUUUCUAUAUCGACGAUACUCGGUGAGUCUUCGUCCUCAUAGUCGUGAGAUCUAUUUGAUCGCGGAUAGUUUGGUUUU